GCUGCCGCCGGGAGAGCUCGCUACAGACGCUUAAUAGUCUUUUUUUAAUUGUACUCUUCUCGUAUUCCUCUUUAUAUAAUUUUGUUCUGAGACCCCAUUACAUCACUAACAUUUAGGCAGAAAUGGCUGACACAAAAGUCGAUACCAGCUCGGAAGUCUCCGCCAAGGACCUUAAAGAAAAGAAACAGGUUGAGGAGACAGAAAAUGGAAAGGAUGUCCCAGCUAAUGGAAAUGUGGAAAAUGAGGAAAAUGGUGAUCAAGAAAAUGAAGUAGAUGAGGAAGAAGAUGUGGGUGAGGAAGAGGAUGAGGAAGAUGAUGUAGAAGGUGAUGAUGAUGAUGAAGAUGAUGAGGCUGAGGGUGGCACAGGCAAAAGAGCGGCUGAGGAUGAUGAUGAUGAUGAUGAUGAGGAUGAUGUUGAAACGAAGAAGCAGAAGACCGACGUGUAAGAAGCUACUCUGCUGGAAAUCUUCUCAUCCCUUCUUUCCUCAACUUGCCCACUGGGGGAGGAAAAAAACCGUGGUCAUUAUCAAGUAGAGUCCAGCAUCCGUGUGCACACACCUAACUGCAGAUUUUGUAGAAACAACCAAGACUUCAAAGCUCUACCUUCUUACAAAAUACUUUGAAAGGAAAAAUUUGUUUGUAUUUUUAUUUACAUUUUAUAUUUUUGUACAUAUUGUUAGAAGGUCAGACAUUUUUGACCGUGAUCUCUGGUUACCAAACGGUGCUUUGAAGUUGAUGCUUCUCUAUGAAAUAGAUUUUAUUAGUGGUUUGGCCAUGUUAUGUUAUCUCAAAAGAAACUUGUAAAAAAAAAAAAACAACAACAAAAAAAGAAAAGAAAAAUUAAAAAAACAUAUAAAAAAACUUUAAUUCAAAGCAUUCCAGUAACUUUGUGUAUGUACAUCAGUUGUAUCAUACGUAGUUGGAUUGUAUGUGAGGACAAGGCCAAAAGAAAAGAAUUUUCUUUUCUUUCUUGUCUAUUAAAUUGCUAUCUGUUUGUGGCCUGUUUGAUGUAUGUGUGAAAUUUGUUGUGCGACAAUAAACCGAAAUUUAUUUUGUGAGUUCUUAAUUUUUUUUUUUUUUCUCUUUUUGUUUUCCAUUUCAUGAGUUUUUAAUGUUGGAGCUGUAUGGUUAAUAAGGAUAAUUGAACCAGCAUUACUUUCAGAUGCAGUUCAUAUUUUUCAUCAGCCUGUUUAAAGUAAAUGUACAUCAAUGUAAAUUAUUCAGGCCUUUGAGACUCCAAGAUCUGGUAUAAAUUAUAUUGUGUUAAAUAAAAUUGACUGUCUUUCUUCCA